AUGGGACAGUCCAAUUCUAGUAACGGUGGCUUGCGCCACCAAUCAAGAACACCAGUAGAUGAUGUCAAUGAUUCCACACCACAUUAUUCGUUGCGUCGCAGCGGUCGGAAGCCCAAGCAACGACGGUUUAUGUUGAACCAAACGCUGGUCGAAAGCGGCCUGGUCGUUGAAAUGGAAAUCGAUGGCCAGUGCGGCAUGGACCAACCUGGUAGAAACCAUCCCCGAAAUUUGGACGAUGAAAUUCGGAGUAAAAAAGCCAAUAGGGGCAAAGCAAUUUACACAAAGUAUCUCAAACCAAUGGGAUGGCACUAUACUAAUAGUGACAAAUUGGAGUACACUUUUGUUUUCCUUGCAGAAGGGAAGUCUCUCAAAAAUGCAGAGGACGGUGUCAGCAAAUUCUAUAGCUAUGAAGCUAUUUUGCGCAAAUGGAAAUCUGAUAAAGCUUUCCGGAGAAUGUACCGUCGUCUCGUUCGAGACGCCGAAAGUACAGUAGUUGAGCAGGAUGCUGUUGAUGUAUCAUCUCCGACCUACAACAGAUUAGGUACACCGACCCCUGGAGUUCCUGUUGCAGCAAGAAUAGCAGCUGAGACUUUUGAUGAUGAAACGGAAGCGACGGAAACCCAGACUACUCCCAACAUGAAGGAGAAACGCCAACACCAUUCUGGUAGCACGAAGCAGCAGCAGCAGUCCAAGAAACGCCAAAAGAUGAGUGAUUCGUAUUCAAGCCCUCGACCUCAGGCAAGAAGCAUUCCCAUUGCUCAAGUUCAAUCUGGAGCAAAUACUCAAGCCCCAACUGUUGGCAGUGCGUCUACUUUUUCCAUUCACUCUGCCGUUGUCACUCCUCCAGUGAGUCGUUCACGCAGUCUUGUCGCUCAAAGAGGAGGCCAUUGUACUGAUUCUGAUGAGACAAGGGAACGACCCAGCCUUCAUGGAAUGACUGGUGCCUCGCACCGGGAAAAGAAUGCUAUCAUUGCCGAACUCCGAAGGAAAUUGGAAGACCGUCAAAAUCUUGUAGAUGCCCAAUGCAUUGAAAUUAAAGAUCUACAGAGCGAGGUCAACAUUUUUCGUCGCGAGAAAGCAAAGGCGAAAAUUGCGUACGAAAAGAAAGUGGGAGCAUUGGAGCGAGAAUGCGAGGAAACGAAAAAGGAAUUGGAUCAAAUGAGAAGGAAUCAAGGUCGUGAGCUAGGAUUUGCUGAAGGGAAGAGAGGAGUCGAUCCUCCAGAGGACCCUCGAGAGGAUCCUCCAAUAUGA